AUGUCUGCGUCUGAGGUGCAGCACUCCUACUACCCCGCGAGUGCGGCGCACACGAGCUAUCAAGCCGGCUCCUCUCUCCUCGAGGCCGGAUACAGACCCACAGAUGAGGAGUGCGCCACCCUCGCGGCACCGAUCGCCAGCUUCCUGCGCAACUGCAGCUGCUACGACAUGCUCGGUGUUUCAACGCAGGUGGUGGUCCUUGACGUGCAGGCGCCGCUGUCGGUCGCCUUCAUCGCCGCCCAGGAGACGCGCAUCCAGAGCUGCGUCCUGUGGGACCCGCGCAAGCGGCAGUACGUUGGCGUACUCACCUCCACCGACUACAUUUGCAUUCUCCUGUACUGCCAGGCACAUCCGAAAGAAGCAGACGCGGUGGCCUUGUGGACGAUCGAGCACUGGCAGGAGGUGAGGACGGCGCAGGGGCUCGGGUGGCCAAAGGAAAAGCUGGGUGCGCCGUCAGGACCAAAGAGCGGUAUCAUCACAUGCAAGACAGACACCUCGCUGCACGACUGCCUGCAGAUGAUGCGGGAGCACUGCGUCCGCCGCAUCAUCGCCCUAGCGGAGAAGGAGGGCGAAGACUUCAGCCUCGUCGCCAUGAUGGAUGUGGAGCAGAUUGUCGAGUACCUUGGCGUGAUGUUCUUUCAUAUUGAGAAGGCCGGUGGUUUGAUCGGCCGGGCCGGCGGCGGCGCGAACAGCAGCACCGGCGACGCAGCAGGUGACGGCGCUGGUGGUGUUGGUGCCCCUCACCGCACGAACUUGACGCUAUCCACAGCGACAAACACGGCCAGCGUCGCCGGCGACAGCGGCCUCUCCUCACCGCAGCACAGCAGCAGUCACCAGAUCAGGUCAAACAAUUUCGACGAGUACGAUGACGACCCGCAAGGCGUCUUUGCUCUUGGCGAGGCCUAUGUGCUGCCCCCUUACGUCGCGUCUAUCAUCACCCAGGCAGAGGCUGCCGGGGCGAGCGGGUCUGGUGGCGUUGGCAUCGCUUCUGAUGUGCGCGUCGGUCCCUACAGCUCUAUCUUCGAUGUCCCGUUCACGUAUGUGCCACAAGUCGGUGCGCACCGCCGGAAACCCAUCUUUGCAACGAUGGAGCAGAAGCUGAGCGAGGCGCUGACGCUCAUGCUGGACCACAACACGGAGAGCAUCGCCGUUUGCUCUCCGAAGGAAGGUAUCAUCAUCGACGUUGUCAGUCGCAGCGACUUGCUGCGGAUGGAAAACCAGGGCGUGUACGAUACACAGCUGACGGUGCGGGAGGCGCUGGCGAGCAAGAUUAGCGACCACAUCUUUGUCUUUUACGAGAAGGAUACGCUGCGGGAAAUCUUCUCCCACUUUGUGCGGCGCCGCGUCAAGGAGCUCUUCAUGGUGGACCCGGACACAGGGCGGCUGCUAGGGCAGUUGAACGUUGCAGAGUUCGUGUACUUUCUGGUCUUCGGUCUCAGCGAUUAA